UAAGUCUUCUGACUAUCCUUUGAAUGGGAUUCAUAUUUGUUACCAUCUAAUAUAAACCCAGCUCAUGUAUCACUUCUUGCUCAAAUAGAGCGCCAAUAGUAUUUAUGCUACCACUAGAGCCACUCGUCAAAAGCUUGCUCGAGCAAAAUAACACGGUCAUUUCCGUUAAUUUACGGUCCGACUUUAACGCGCGGAAUAGCACGACUUUCUGGCUUGCUCCGAUCGAAUUGAACAACUAUGGUCACACGUACUUGCGCACCAAUGUUUACGAGUGUCUUUUCUCUAAAUAUCCAGUUAUUCAAUGUCCAAUUUACUCAAACUAUACAGCCUUGAUACAUCGUAAUUUUUUUAUUACGACAUUGUCUUCAAAGAAAACAGGAUCAACAUAUGUUGUUCAUUUAUGCAGUGGAUCAACUUACGCUUAUACUGUAUUCCUUGGAAAGUGCAAUCAAUUGAAUAUCGAUCACUGAUAUUGCUUCUUAUAUUUCAUUCACGGUUUGCUGUUUCCACCAUUAACAAUUUCUGAGUGCUUGCUGUACAUUGACAAGUGUGUAAAUAUUUGUUGUUUGUGUAAAUAAUUGAAUACCCGUUUAACGUAGUAUGAUGCAAAUUUUACUUCGCAUCAAGCAAGCAUACUCACAGCAGGGUCGUUUUAUAAGAUUUGGAACUCCUUUUGGACUUUUUAUGAUUGGUGGAUUACUUGGAUUAAAAGAGUUUACUUCACUAAGAUAUGAGGUAUCCUCAACAAAGAAACUCACAAAAGAAGAAUGGGCUAAAUACGGUUUAAAGAAGAAAGACGAAGGGGAAACAAACAUCGACAUCAUUUAUGAAACAGAUAUAAAAAAAAUGGACACGGAUUCUUGGGAGAAUGUUCGCGGGCCGAGACCAUGGGAAAAUGAUGGGACGUUUAUGGAAAAAAUGAAAGAAAAAGCUCGAAAGGACAGAGAGCUGCAGAAGGCGCGAAGACAGCAACUACAGUCAGGAGCAUAAAACAUCAUAAAAUUGAGUGAAUAUGAUGAACCUUUUGUUUAAUGUACAUAGAAUUUUAAAGUCAAUUAGAGUAUACUUAUAAAAUAUAGGAAAAAGACUAAGAAAGUAGAAUAAAGUUGUAGUGCGUUAUUUUUAUGAAAAAUUUGUU